AACAGCUGUUGUUGAAAAAGAAAUCAUCAAAAAUGCCAGCCCCAAAGAGAGGAUCAUCUCCUCAUGAUUCUCAGCCCAAGAUGAAGAAGUUGGCUGAGGAGGAUGGGGAGGCUCUACCUUCCAAAACUGCACCAGCCACCAAUAAUAGGUCCCUGAAAACAGGAAAUAUGCGAGACAAGACAGCAGCCCCACGGACUAAGAAAAAACUGUCUGCCUCAGUGGAAGGGGGAAAUAAACCAGCCAAAUCAUCCAAACAGAGUUCCCCUUCCAAGGAUUCCAGCAAACCCAUUUCUGGCCCACCUGUCAAAAAAGCCAAGCUCCUGAAAGCCACAAGUGCCUCCUGCGGAGAAGCUCCGUCGCUGAAAGCUAACUCCAAAGCUUCCCUGAAGCGGACAGCCUCCACAGAGUCAGAAGAUGAGUUGAGUAGUGAUGGUAGUAAGACUGACCUCUUUAGAGAGAGGGAUGAUGGCGACAAGGCCCGCUGCAUUAGAAAAUAUUCAAAUCGAGUCAAAGCUAAGCGCAGGGCAGAAGAGUCUUCUUUUGACCCACAGGACACAAGCCAAGGGUCACCAUCUGCACCUGCAGACACUAUUCAGAUGGACCACAAUUACGGUAGAUUUUCAGAUUCGUCAAGUAUUCAAACCUUAGGUGAUGCCAAUCAGGACGAGAACAAUGAAUCUGCAGAGUCUGUCACUGACCAAGAGAGCCAAGAAAGUUUAGUUCAUGCAACACAAGCAGAGUUGAAGGAAACUUCAGUCUCUAUAACAGGGGAUGCAAAAGCUAGUGUUGAAUGCACAGCUGAAAGUAAACAUGAGGAAUUUAAAAAUGUAGAAAGCCAGAAGCUCAUAGAUAAUGAAGCACUAGCAAUAUGUAGAGAAAUAUCAAACUCUGCCACUUCAACAGCAGCAGAUAAGGGUUGCGUCACAUGUGAGGCAGAGGAAAAUGAAAAGGAGGACCUUGCAGAGUCCAUCAAAAGCCAAAAGGAUGUAGAUAAUGAAACACUAGCUUCGUUAGUAGAAACACUAUGUUCUCGUACCAUAGAGAAAAAUCCAGGCUGUGAAGGUGAAGGACAGGCAGAUGAAACGAUGGACUCAGCUCGUAUGAGUCAGACAGAGGUGAGCAGUGAUAUUGAAACUAAGGAGACCACAGAGUCUGUUUCUGAGGAGAUAAGGCUGGAUGUAGAAUGUAAAGGUAAGGAAGAAGAGCGUAUAGUGCGGGGACUGAUUGAAGCAGGCAGUAUCUCUGCAGGCUGUAGUGAUGUAGGUACAGAAGAUAAAGCAUUGUCACACACAUCUAACUCUGCAGCAGAAGGGAUUCUGGUAGGAAGCAGUAAUCCAGAGAGUCAAACUGAGGAAAAUCUAACAACAGUUGACUCUGUUGGCAGUCCGGACACUCAAACAGACCUCAGUUUCAAAAUUCGAGUCACUUUCAAAGAGGAAUCAAAAUCUGAACACCUGCAGGAUCAAGUGAGCCAUGAAGUGCCCGCUACAAUUACCAACUCAUGUGAUGGUGUGAACAAAAUAGUCAGCAAGUCUGAAGAAAAGCUUGAAGAAGGUGAAAGUAAAGAAGUUGAGUUACUGUCGACUCAGGCUGUUGCUGGCUCUGAGUCUUUAGCUGAGCUACAUCUGAGCCAAGAGGUGAUGGACAAGACGACUGACAGCCGUACUGAAAUGACACCAGAUUGUGAGGAUGUUCACAAGCAAAAUCAAAGUGAGGUGAUCUCCGAUGGUGUUACAGCCCCAGAGGGUCAGACGGACAUACAGAUGAAAGUAACGUCACAGCAGGGCUCUGACUCAACACUUAAAGAGGAUAUACAAAACCAGGAGAACCACAGCGUUACUGACCACACGACAGAGACACCUGUUCAAGUCAAAGAAAAGAUGAACUUUGAAUGUGCCACAGCACCAAACAGUCAAAUCAAAAUGGAUACACAGCCUUCAGCAACAUCAGAGCAGGAGAUUCCGAAUCAAGCCGUUACAGUGGAAAUACAAAGCCAAAAGAGCCAGGAAGUCAGUGAAUGUGCUACAGACAUAUCUACAGAAUUUAAUGAAGAUCAUGUGGUAAAUUCUAACAUGACAGAAAAUGAAGACAAGGUGAACUUUGAAUGCACCAGUGAGGCCGAGAGUCAAAUCAAAAUGGAAAUGCAGACUGCGUUGACAUCAGAGGUCUCUAAUGAAGCACCUACAGUGGGAGAACAAAGCCAGAACAGACAGGAGUUCAGUAAACUUACCACAGACAUAUCUGCUGACGGUCAUCAAGAUAUUAGGAUUGAAAAUCCUGAAAUAAUGGAAGAUGAAGACAAGGUGCACUUUGAAAGUGCUAGCGGACCUCAGAGGCAGACUACAGUGACAUCAGAGAUUUCUCAUCCUCAGUCUACAGAGGAAGUACAGAGCCAGGAGAGCCCAGAAGCAAGUGAACACAUCACUGGCAUGUCUACAGUGUGUACAGUCCAGAAACAUCCACCCUCAGAUUGUCAGAGCGCCGGCGAUGAAGGCAGGGUUGAGGUGGACACGCAGGCUGCCACAGCAUCUGAGGUGAUUUCUAACAUAGCAGCUACAGUAGAAACACCAGAAGUCCAGAAGAGCCAAGAAGUCACUGAACCCGCAACAGACAUAUCUGAAAUAGUUCAAGAAGACCUAAUGAUUCAGACUUGUGAGAAUAGUGGAAAUGAAAACAAGGUUAUCACAGAAUGCUUCAGUGCAACUGAGAGUCGAAGAGAAAUUGAUUUGCAGGCAACAGCAACACCAGAGGAGAUUCCUGAUCCACCAGCUACAGUGGAAACACAAAAGCAGGCAGGCCAGGAGGUCAGUGAACUCACUGCAGACAUUGAAGCACAAAAAGAUUUUUUUGUUGCCAAUACUGAGAGUAAAGAUGACAUGGAUCAGGUCACCGCAGAAUGCGUGGAUGCUACUGAGAAUCAAAUGGAAGUGGAUGCACAAGCAGCAGCUACACCGGAGGACAUUUCUAACCUGCCAUCUACAGUGGAAACACAAAGGCAGGGGAGCCAGGAGGUCAGUGAACUCAACGCAGAAGUUCAAAAAGAUCCCGUGACUGCAAGUUGUGAGAGUAAGGUAGAUGAAGACAAGCUUACAGCUGAAUGUGUUGACGUUCUAGAGGCUCAAAUAAAUAUGGAAACUACAACAACGGCAGAGGAGAUUUGUAAAGCAGCACCUGCAACCGAGCAGCAAAGUCAGGGGAUGGUGGAAGCCAAUGAACCCAGUAUGGCCUUAUCAAAUGAAAUUCAUAAACCACCUCCUAUGGCUAAUUCUGAAGGUAACGAAAACAUGCAGACAGAGCAUAGUGCUGAGCACAGCCAAGCUGAUAUUGAGCUAAUAAGUGGAUCAAUAGAAAGAGUUGAUACUGCCUUAGAAGAGGAAACUGGGAGGCAAGUGAUUAAUGAGGUCAAAGAAGAGGCUCCAAUCAUUUCCUCUGAUAAGGCUGACAAAACAGUCAGUAAUACUGAGAGACACGGAGUGGGAACUGGAGGCAAUGAAGUAAUAGUUUUUGUUUGUGGUCAAUCUGACAACACUGAUGUUGUAAUCCAGGCAUCAGAAGAGCAGAUGAAGACAGUUAAUCAGUCAGAGGUUGAGGUUAAUGAAAACCAGGUAGUGUAUGAGCCCAUUAGUAGUCCAGAGAGUAAUGAUGAAAGAGAGAUUUCUGCAGCAUCAGAGGACCAUGAUAUUGUGUCUUUACUGAACAUACAGAGCACAGGCACCCAGCAGAUGGAAGGAGAUUCAUCGACUAAUGAAGAAAACAGAGAUAUUUGUACCCAGCCACUGGAAAACGAGGACAUUAUUCCACAAAUGUGUGUCUCAGGCAGCAGAGAAGUUGAGACUGAAGUACGAGCCAUCGGCGUGCCAGAGAGUUGUGUCCCUGCACAGUUGGACCAGAGUAACGUGAGUGUGGAUGUGAAACAAGUUGCAGUGAUCAGCUCGAGCGAUGACAUCAGCACGCCAGAUGGUCAGUCAGAAGAUGCAACAGAAAAAAGUGAAAGUAAUGGCUACCCAGACUGCGCCAGUGCCACAGAGUUUUCUGAACAGGUGCAGGACGAUACUGGACUUCAGGAGGCCACAGACCUCACUGUGGCAACAACUACAGCCCCCGCUAUAGUUGAAAUACCAGACAGUACAUCUGAGGAGUUUGUGAUCUUGGAGCCAGUCCCACAGAGUGAAAUUCACUUUGAUAUUGUCACUCAAGCAGCGGCCGAAUCAGGGUUAUCGGUCUCUCUGUCAGAGCAGGUGAAUCCAGACAGCGCGUUGGUAGGUGAAGUGGUAAGUGAAAGGAUUUUAAAUGGCUCCCAACAAACAGUCUUCCCUGAGGCAGAAGUGCAGCAAUGUCAAACAACUGGCGAUGUCAAAGAUGCUAGAGUGACCAACUCGAGUGAGGUAUUUGAACAGGAGACCAGGCUCGCAGCUGAGGAAGGUGUUGAAAGUGUUCAAAAUUGUGACCAUUGCCAGCAGCCAACAGUUGACAUGAUGGAUGUUAAUAUCUCACAGAUUGAUGUAACAAGCUCUCAUGCUCAAGUCACAAAUGAAGACUGUAAUGCAAUGGUGAUAGAGAAUGCUGAGGCUAACUUGGAUCUACAAGAAGUGCAGAUUCUGGAGGAUAUAGAGAUCGGUCGUGAGAUCGUAGUAGCAGAGGAAGAGAAUGAGGAAGAUGGUGACAUUAAAAUAAUAGAGAAACCCCAGGAAACACCUGAGGCAGUCCCUCCUAAGAAGUCAGAGGAAAAGGUUAAUGAGAAAAAUAAAGAUGACACUUGUGGGACCAACUUGAAGCAAAACAGUACGGCUGAAAUGACUGGAGAUAAAAGCGGACAGGAAGCAGGAAAACCCAAGAAGCAAGAAAUGAACACGCAGGCCAGAACCAAAGCCCGGCUGGCAGCUCUGGCUGAGCAAAAGGCUGCAGCGUCUAAGAGAACAGCAAACAGACAGCAGCUGAACCUCUUAGCCCUGUGUCAGGAAAUCGCAGAGGACAUUGCUACAGACAGCAUGCUGUUGAAGAGGAUAGAGGAAGAAAAGCAAGCGGCAGUGGCAGCGGCAGCAGCAGCAGCAGCAGCAGCGGCAGCAGCAGCCAACAGCGAAGCAUGCAAGAAGGAAAGUCCACCUGUUAACACACAGGAGCCAGACACCGUUAAUGUUGCGACUCCUGCUGGACCAGAAGGGUGCUCUGCUUCAGUGACCCCUGCUGAAGAGGAAUCUACAGCCCAGCCCUCGACAGCUGACUCUGCUGAGGCUAAGCCUGCCGGAGAGGCUCCAAAGAGGCGUUUCUUCAUCACACAGGUUUCAGUGCCGCUGAAAGCCCACGAGAAAAAGAAGCUGACGAGAUAUCAAAGACUAAGACAGGUUGAACUGCAGCGAGAGAAAAUGUCUUGGGCACGUGUGAAGAAACUUAAAUCUGACCAGGCAAGUCAGAUGUUUUCAGACAUCGAUUGGCAAGUACCCCUGGCUGCAUUAUCUCCAUUUUCAGCAAGUCCUGUGGCCACGGCUCCUCCACCUGCAGCUAGUCCAUCUACAUCACCUCUCCCAAGUCCUGCCUCAACCAGCAAGCCUCCAACGCCAAAAGCCGAAGUCCCCAAGGUUGACACACCAAAGGCUGAACCUAGUAAAACUGAGGCCACUGAGGUGGAAACCUCCAAAACUGAACCCGCUAAAAAUGAAGCUGUCAAAACUGAACCCUCUAAACCAGAACCUGCCAAAACUGAAGCCCCUAAAACUGGGCCUCCUAAGACUGAAACCCGUGUAUCUACUAGGCUAAGUAAGGCUCAAACUCCUAAAGCAACCCCUUCUCCAGGGCCUGCCCCAAAAGUGACCAGAUCAGCAUCCAAGAGGACCCUCCCAGCAGUGCCCCCUCCCAUGCCUAAUGGACUUAACGCUCAAAAACCAAAGCCUGUUGAGUACAAGCCAUACAGGCCCAGGCCCAAGUAUUCCUUUGACGACUUCGAACUAGAUGAUGACCCCUUACCAGUAACUCCAGCGAAGCCCGGCCCUCAGUCGAGGCCCACGCAGCUGACACGGCCCAACGUCCAGGCAAACCCUACAGCUCAACUUAAACCCACAGUUUCUCCACAGCUCUCCAACCAGGCGAGACUCAAAGCUCAGACCACACCUGCUGGACGGAUCUCAGGUCAGUCAAUUCCUGCCGUUGCUACAACAGCCCAGUCAAAGGCCACAGCAGCUGCAGCAGCCUCUUCAAAAGCUGUCCCUUCGGCUAAAGCCCAGUUAAAGUCUCCCGUUUUGACGACACCUCAGACAAAAGCUGUCUCAGCUCCAGGUCAGUCCAAGCCUGCUGCUUCUGCCGCACCUCAGUUAAAGCCAACUGGUAGCGGAGGCAAAGCGCAGCUGAAGCAGUCUACUUCAACAGCAUCUCAGCCUGCUGGUUCAACCACAUCUGCUUCUCCUGUUGUGCCUCAGAAAACUGCAAAUCCAACUUUAUCGCAAGAUGGCAAAUGCAAGGGCUCAAACGUGUCUGAUGGCCUUCAGCAGUGUGAAGAAAAGCAUGAAGUGACUGAUGUCGACCCGUCUCCAGAGAAUAAGACAGAAGCAGUCAAGCCAGCCGAGAAGACAUCGGAAAAACCUUGUCAAGACAGAGCAGCGAAGCCACAAGAUGGCAGGACUCCUCUCUCUGAUGCUUCUCUGCAAAAAGAAGUCAAGAAACUAAAGGAGGCUGACAAAGAUGGCACCCAAACCAUUAUUGACGCAGGACAGAAGCACUUUGGAGCAGUGGCCUGCAGUGUGUGUGGGAUGCUCUACUCUGCUGCCAACCCCGAAGAUGAGUCUCAGCAUUUACUCUUCCACAACCAGUUCAUCAGCGCUGUCAAAUACGUGGGAUGGAAAAAAGAGAGGAUUCUGGCCGAGUACCCUGACGGCAAGAUCAUUCUCGUCCUGCCAGAUGAUCCCAAAUAUGCUCUGAAGAAGGUUGAGGAGAUCAGGGAAGUGGUGGACAAUGACCUCGGCUUCCAGCAGGUGGAGACCAAGUGUCCCUCUCAGACCAAGACCUUCCUCUUCAUCUCUAAUGACAAGAAGGUGGGCGGAUGCCUUAUAGCGGAGCACAUACAAGAGGGGUACCGGGUGAUCGAGGAGCCCGUACCGGAGGGUUCAGAGAGAGAGAAGGUGAUGUUUGAACGUCAGAGAGCCUGGUGCUGCUCCACAACGCCGGAGCCAGCCAUCUGUGGCAUCAGCCGCAUCUGGGUGGUCAGCAUGAUGCGACGCCAGGGCAUCGCCUCGCGCAUGCUCGAGUGCCUCAGGAACAACUUCGUAUACGGUUCGUACCUGAGCAAAGACGAGAUCGCUUUCUCAGACCCCACUCCUGAUGGGAAACUCUUUGCCACGCGAUACUUUGGCACUUCUCAGUUUUUGGUUUAUAACUUUGUGAGUGGAACACGCUCGUCCCAGCCCCAAACUGAUGCAGUAUGACAGCCUUCAGGAAAGGUAACAGCGGAUUUAACGGAGACGCUCGCUGAUCAACGGGACGCAUGGUCACUUAACUGUGUCUGAUGCAGAAUCUGUAUUUGCAUAACGAUUAAAAACAAACUGUAAAAUUACUCCUUGGAGAGGAAACACAUUGGUUUAAAUCUCAGGAUGAAAACAACAAGGUGUUGUUGAAAAAUGUUAUUAAUUCACCCUUUAACCCCUCCCCGAAUAGUAUUUUGAAAAAAAAAGAGUAUUUUCUUUAUACAUUUUUAAGUAAACAAUUGGUUUUAUUAGAAGUAUGGAGUUUACAUGCAUGACCUGACAGCAAUAGGAAACAAAGAGAAUUUCAUUGUUUUUCUUUUAAUCCCUGAGAAGCCUAAGAUCGACCAACCACAUUAAAUAACAGUUCUUUUAGAUUUUUGUCCUCAUUCGGUUUGAAUGUUUUUUACUGACAUGUAAACUAUGUGUACAUUGGGUUUUUUUUUUCAUCAUGUUCAUCUCCUUACAGUUAACAGUGAUGCUGUCAUCGUCUCAAAUUGUGUUACAGCGACGUUAAGGGUUCCUAUGGGGCGGUUAAGGUUGAUGUUUUUUUCCACGGGUCCUUGAUUUCACCGUCACGUGACAUUUCAAACGGAUCAUCUAAACCAAGUGUUUUAACCAGAGGGACUCAUUUCAACAACCAUAUUGAACAGAUGUGGGUUAGAACUGUAGCUUGGGCAUUAAUGGUGUGCUCUAGCUUUCUUAGAUCACCUUGCCUGAAAUGUUUAGUUUUCCAAGCUGAGCCAUAUACUGUACACCAUUUAGCAGGGCAUUGUAGCCUAUACUGUAUGAGUGAUGUAUUUUAAUUUUACCAAGGCUGUCUAUUGCUUUGUUUGUGCCUGAAUGAAUAAUGUUGAUUUGUUUUCCUUUGUUUUUCCUGGCCAUACGUUAUGGCUUUUUAUUGAGUUAGCGUAGACUACCACCGUCCUAUUUCUUAGUAACAACAAAUUUAAAUGUAUAUGAAAUCAUCAUGUAGAUUUAUACAUCCUAUAACAAAAUGUAUAACGAAAGAUGAGCAAGGUCGUCAGGCUCAGGUGUUAAAUGGUAUUUGAGUGAUGGUAAGUGUCAUCCUGGUUCAACCUUCAUGAUUGCAAACAGGAAUAUUUGCUCAGCGAUCAACUCGAGGGCUUGCCUCUCUCAACACAGAUUCACAGUAUCAUUGUAAUCCAGCCCUUAUUUUCUCCUCCUCCUCGUUGCUUUUAGAAAGACGUGUCUUGUAAGAAGAAGAACUUUUGAUUUAUACGAAGCUGUUAUGUAAAUAUUUAUUUAAAUAAUAAACUGUU